AUGUCCAAGCCGCGGACCAUCAAGGAUUUCUUCAAGCGUCCAUCAUUUCCCUUGAGACGGGACGAGCCUGUUGAGAACGACUCCUCCAAGGCUGCCAAUCCAGAAGACCGUGCCCCCGCGACUGACCAGCAAUCCUCGCCCCUCAGCGAUCCACCCUCAUCCCUUCCCUCGCACCUCGCUUCGUCACAGUCAAUUGAAUCCGGGCCGAGUCUGCAGCUUAAAGAAUCACUGCUCAGCGCAGUCAACGAAGCUGCCCAUCAUGACGCAGGGCAGCAGAGCUUCGGGAACAGUGCCGGCACGCAGCGCAGUUCGUCAGUUGGCGGCAGCUUCAAUUCGUCGCAACGCAUUAUCAAGAAUGGCGAGGAGAUUGUCGUUGAUUCGGAAGGAGAAUAUACAGACUCCAUCGAGUCGUUGGAGUCACCAGAGGAGCUCCUGAAGAAGUUCACGAAAUCCGCACCCGCACCACCAGAUCAGAAAAAAGAUUCCGAGGCCAAAACUGUGGACUCUGAGAGGACGUUACGACCCAGAGAGACGAGUGCAAAGAACAGAACAGACAGGAUAUUCAUGCCAGAGGUGCCUAAGCCGAAAUACAAAUUCACACUGGAAUCUCUCGUCACGGAUGCGGUCGAUGAUGAAGAGACCGAAGCUGGUGUGGCAAGGGCCAAAGCUGCUCUCGAGAGUCGCCAGAAGGAAGGCAAAGAGGCCCCAAAUGAGACCAGUUCGGGAGACAAGAGCCAAAGUAAAGAGAUUCGUGAAGAUGUUUUGACCUCGGCUUUCGCUGAAGAGAAAGACGAGACGGAUCUUCAGCGUCUGCUCAACGCGGUUCGGAGGACGGAGGCGUUUGACCAAGACAAGUCGUGGUCAUUCUUCAGUGAUCAGGCUACUACUCCAUCCCCGCCCGAGUUUCCCCGGGAUUCUAUACUCCCUUCUUCAAGGGAAGCAUUUUUACGAGGUUGGACGAGACGUGACCUUCCCUUGUUUUUUCUCUGCAUAGGUACUAAAGGAACUUUAGAGCCUGCUUCUCGUGAACGAGCGUUCCAUUCGGGUAUUUUGGAAUUCGCUUUUGCAAGAGAUUUGCUGCCAGAUGAAUUGAUAAUCUGGAUCCUCCACUCUAUACCGUCAGAACCUCGAGAUGAUCUGAGACAUGCUUAUUGCAGAGCAAUCAAGGACAUAGAUGAGGUGUUUAGGUCGUUAGGGGCUAAACCUGCAGCAUUGAACUUAUCCGAGAGGAUAAUUUCUGAUUCAAUCACCCGUCGUCAUCAUCAAAAUCCAUCACGCAACCCAAAGUAUCUUCUUUCGGUGCUAGAAGUGCUGCGAGACGCAGCGGACCUAUUCUGCAAUGAGACCCGGGAGCAUGCAUUGCAGAUCCUGUUUCGAUUGGCCCUCGACACCUCAUUAAUGAAAAACAGCAUGAUCACCCGAAUCUGUACCUCUGCAUUCAAUACCAUUCAAGACGUAGCAUUACAGAGUCAGCUGCUGAAGCACAUAUUACCCGCUUCGUCUUGGAUCGCCCUCUUCAGGUGCCGCCUGGCGGUGGCCUUCUUCAUUCGAGACCCUUCCCCACUGACAGAACCCCCCGAUGCUGUUCUCGAUCUCAGGCGUAUCACGCAUCAUCUCCGGGACAAGCGCUUCGAUGUCAAACUGUAUAAAGACAAGAGACGGGGCGGUUAUGACUACGCGGAACUCGGUGCUACCACAUCACUACUAAACGUCAUUAUCGAUCUGGGGCGGAUCACGCCAACAUUCCCAGACAAGGAAGCCGAGAACAAUUUCAAUGCCGACGUGGACGCUCUCGCAGAACGCAUCAAGCGGAUCUUCUCGGCCAUCGAGGACUCUGGAGCAUCGCAUCUGCGCCGGACGGAGGCGAAGCAGAGCCUCGAGGCCUUACACUAUCGGAUCGUAUACUCUGUCCGAUCCAAACCCCCGCCGAAGAAGUCUUUCUUUGGACCCGCUGGUCCCGAGGACUGGAGCGGGAUCGGCCGCAGUGGCUCUUUCAUGGAGAAGUUCCUGGCGACGAAAAGGGACAGAGCUCAAGGAGCCGAAGACACAGGCUCUCGCGACGACACUUGA